GGCGCGCGCGACGCCACGGUGGCCAAUCGCGUUCGAGGGAACCGUUAGACGUUACCGUUGUGUGUGCGUUUGAACGAUCUAGUACACAUUUGUCAUCAGCGUGCGUGAACCACUCCCGUGCGGUGUUCCCCGUAUUUUCGCGAUCCUCGUUAAAACACACGAGGCAACAUGGCUGUUAACGUGUACGCCACAAAUAUGACGUCGGACAACCUCAGUCGCCACGACAUGCUGGCAUGGGUGAACGAUUGUCUCCAGUCCUCGUUCACCAAGAUCGAAGAGUUGUGUACCGGCGCGGUCUACUGUCAAUUCAUGGACAUGCUCUUUCCGGGCAGUGUCCCCUUGAAAAGGGUGAAAUUCAAGACCAAUUUGGAGCACGAAUAUAUACAAAAUUUCAAAAUUCUCCAAGGUGGCUUCAAAAAGAUGAAUGUCGAUAAGGUAAUACCGGUGGACAAGCUGAUAAAGGGCCGCUUCCAGGACAACUUUGAGUUUCUACAGUGGUUCAAAAAGUUUUUCGACGCGAAUUACGACGGUCGUGAAUACGAUGCUUACGAGGCGCGUGGCUGCAUACCGCUGGGUUCCGGCGUCGACGGAACGCAUAAUCUGUCAAAUCCUCAAUUGGUACCUUUGCCGCCACAAUCGAAGCCGCCACAAAUGCAACAAAAGCAAAUACAGCAACGUAACAUCAUUGUGCCAAUUGAUAGGCUGGUGAAAGGCAGGUUCCAAGACAACUUUGAGUUUUUGCAAUGGUUCAAGAAGUUCUUUGACGCAAACUACUCGGGAGCAGAGCCGUACGAUGCGCUUGCUAUGCGAGGAGGGGAACCUAUGGGUAGUGGCGGAAAUAAUGCACCUCGCGGUGGCUCUAAUGCGAAACGUGCUUCCCCACGUGACACAGUAAAUUCAACUAAACCUGCUACUCGUACUGGUGAGGGACAGCCAUCUUCCAUGCGCGCAGUUAAUACAAACAUUUUAGUAAAUAAAGUUCCACCGUCGUACCGCGCACCACCCAAAACCACAGGAGUCGGCAAUCGUGAUACUGGAAAAAUCGAAGAACUCAGUGCACAGUUGGUGGAAUUGAAAAUGUCGGUCGAGGGCCUGGAGAAGGAGAGAGAUUUUUAUUUUGGAAAAUUACGUGACAUAGAAGUCAUGUGCCAAGAUUGCGACAAUGGCGGUGAUCCUCCACCUAUUGUACAGAAAAUUUUAGAAGUCCUUUACGCAACGGAGGACGGUUUUGCACCACCCGAGGAAUUGGAAGGCGACGGACUUGCACCCGACGACGAAGAAGAAUAUUAACCUUUUUUAUUUACGGAUCGCAAAAUAACCGAAGUACUGAACAACAGCAAAUUAUCCAAGUGCGUUUCAGUUGUAUCAUGCCUGUGGUGCCCAGCAUCAAUACCCCUUGCAUUGUAUUACUAAGCUACUUUGCAUAGCGAAUUCAGCGAUUAGCAGAUUGUGCAUUCUCGUUUUGUUAAUAAAAAUUCACCCGAGACCAUUAAGAAUCGCACGACAUUAGGAUAGACAUAAGUCAAGUAGUGCACUUGAAUAACUUGUUAUUUACCAGCGAGAGGUUGACGGAAAAAGAGAACGUGAGGCAGGAAGGAAGGAAAAUCGCGAUUAUGGUAUCUUUUACAAAUUAUUACAAUUUCUUCUAGCGUUACGAUAUGAUAGAAUUCCGAAGAUCAAUGGCUCUCGAGUUGCCGGAAAUUUAUGGAUACCGAUAUCUGUGUAAAGUUAUCCGCAUCCGUACUGUUACGUAGCGACUUACGUUAACUACACACUACUUUCUUUUUUUAAUGCGUGAGUGUUUUGUUUGUAAAUUUGUUGUAUUAAGUUUGCGUCGAUCACGAAGCUCCCGCCAAGAUGGUUUUUGUCCUCCGAAAUCCAUGCCCGCAGUCUAAAGAGUAUUCCCGCCCGAGCCUGACAUUCGGCCGGGAAUAAACUGCUCAACUUGUUUCAAACGUGUUUCCUAUGUGCAAUGUGAGUAGCCGAUGAAAACUCUCAGUGGCUUUGCGCGGAGCGAUGGGUUCCCACCGUCAGCGGAAUAAAUCGUCCGCCUCGACGCAAUGGAAAUUCAAUUCCGCUCGUUAACACUCUGUCUGUUCUGUACCAACAUGGAGGCGCCAAGCUACUGUACUAUAACAUAUAUUCGUAGGAGCAAACAGGAGCACCACGAUACACGAUCCAAGUAUUUUGAUUUCGGUAAAAUUAGGCAGCGUGCGCUUCGUGAGGGCAGACUGCGAGAACAAAACGGUACGCUUAUACGCAAUCGAUUACUGAAUUAUGAAGGUGUGAAAGAUUAAUUAAAGUUAGAGCUCGUAUUAUAAAAGAUUCAUCUAUUGACGUUUACCCCCUUACAAAUCGAUUCUAGGAAAGGGAACGAUGAUCAUGUUUGCACAUCCAUGACAGUCUCUCGAGGUGCAAGAAUGGCCUUAAAACGCGGCGAACUUGAGAUUUCGGCAGAAUACUCGGAACCGUAUGAAUAAGCGCGACGUGUUUUUCCUCAAUCAUAUUGUAGAAGCCAAUUACGACCCGAUGUGACUAUGUCUUUACUUUCAUAAGAAAAAAAAGGGAGAACAGAUUUUAUGAGACUACGUUCGGGGAGCAGACGCGAGUGAGAGGGGCAAAGUGAGUCGCGGCAUGUAAAAACGCUUGCGAACGCUUACGUAUGUGUGCGCACGCGUGUGUGUGUGUGUGUGCUUUCGACAUCACCGGUUUCGAUUGUCGUGAUUCACAUUGAUCGUAGGAGCGUAAGAAUCGGAUUAAUUAAUUUUAAGCAACGAUCAUUGUGAAAUAAUUGUCUGACUAGACUGUAAUUCACACUUACGUACUACGUCUUUAUUACGUUUCCAGCGAGGAAGAGGGACACAGUUUGGCUUGCGCUCUGUUCAUCGCUCUGUACGCGCGCAAUAUGUGCUUCAAAAUUUGGAAUUUUAAUGCCGAUGUAAUAAACGUUUAAUAAAAUC